AUGCGGCCGGGGGAGAAGCGGCGGCUGGAGAAGGAGGAUGACGCCUGCGAGCCGCGGCGCGCCGCGCUCCACGGAGCAGCCCUGAGCCGCCGGCCCUGGCCACAGCGCGCACGGCCCCCGGCUCCCGGACCCCAGCCCUGCUGCAGGACCCCCGUCUCCUCCCCCGAGCGAGCUGCUGCCCACCACCCCUCCUUGGCAUUCCUGGCAGCGGCUGCGGGACCCUCCUCUGCGGACUUUGCCCCGGCCGCCUAUGAGGCUGCAGGUGGCCCUGCUGGGAUGUUUCAACUCUGGAGCAACGAGGUGCCGGCCGGCUCCGGGCUGAGUGCCCACGCCAUGGCCUUUGGGCUGCCCAAGGCGCAGUACCCCGGGCACGUCGCCCCGGGCUCUCCCCUGACCCCACCGGCCGAGCACACCUACUCCUUCGAGCUGUCGCCGGUCAAGGUCCUGGCUCCCCAGGGGCCGCCCGGCUCUUCCUACCACUUCCCUGAGGCUCAGGACUUCCCCAGCUUCUUGGAGAGCUCUGGCGGCAUGGCCCCCCGGCCCCUGGGCCCCGGCCCCCCCAAUGCCCCAGCGGGUCCCGCGGAAGAUGCCCCCUGGUGGAGCCUGCAGCAGCCCACCCCGGGCCACCUGCCUGCCUUCCACCUGAGCCGGCCCCUGAUGCUGGGGCCACAGCCCCCGCUCCCAGCCCUGCUACACGGCUCCCCCAAGGGGCUGCUGGGCCCGGCCCGGCGCUGCCGCCGCUGCAAGUGCCCCAACUGCCAGGCGGGCAGCGAGGAACCGGGCAAGAAGAAGCAACACCUGUGCCACUUGCCGGGCUGCGGGAAGGUCUACGGCAAGACGUCCCACCUGAAGGCCCACCUGCGCUGGCACGCGGGCGAGCGCCCCUUCGUCUGCACCUGGCUGUACUGCGGGAAGAGCUUCACCCGCUCGGACGAGCUGCAGCGCCACCUGCGGACUCACACGGGCGAGAAGCGCUUCGGGUGCCAGGGCUGCGGGAAGCGCUUCAUGCGUAGCGACCACCUGGCCAAGCACAUCAAGACCCAUCAGGGCAAGCGGGUCAAGGGCAGCGGGGCCCAGUUGGGCACCAUCAAGCAGGAGUGA